AUGACGUCAAAAUUUGGAGUUGAUUACGCUAAACGGGUUGCCAAAUGUAAGAAAUGUCAGCAGCAAUUGUUCAAAGGGGAUUUACGAAUGUGGAGAAUGGUACCCAAUCCUUUUACAGCAGAUUCUGGAAAUCCAACAGAAAUGAAGAAUUAUUUUCAUGCAGAUUGUCUUUUCGAAACACUUACACGUUGUCGCGCUACAACGAAAGUCAUUGAUUCACCGGAUGACAUCGACGGUUGGAAUGCUGCAAACGAUGAUGACAAAGAAACCAUCUUAGAGAAGAUUAGGAGUCUUUCGGAAUUACGAUUGAAGAAGUUUGGAGAUAAAGUGAAUAUUUCAACGUCGUCUCCUUCAAAAGAUACGCCCAAAUCAGCUGCUUCUAGGAAUAUAUCUUCGAGAAAAUCAAAAGGUGAAAAAGCGCAAACGGUCACUUCUCCUCGGAAGAAAACAAAAUAUGAAACUUCCGAGCAAGUUCGGGAGGAAAUAAUUUCCGAAAAAGUUGAUGAGAGCAAAGCAAACAUUUCCAACAUGAAAAAAGGGCUGUCAAAAGCAGAAAUUUUGGAAGCAAGUAAGCCAGAGGAUAAUAUUCAGAAGAUGGGAAGCAAAUUCGAUGUAUUCAAAUUAUUUUGCAAACUUUGUGACGUGAUUGCAUCAGUGUCGAAAUAUACCGAAAAGACUGCAGCUGUUAAGAUAUUCAUUAACAAAGAAGGAUAUGAUGGCGACCUGUACUUAUUGCUCAAAUUUUUAAUUCCAGAAGCAGAUCAGAGAGUAUAUAAUUUGAAAGCAAAGCAGAUCGUAAACACCUUUUCCUCUAUGUUUGACUGGUCAGUUAACGAAUUGACAGAAUCGUACAAUCAAACAGGUGAUGUGUCUCAGACAAUAUGUUCAUUUUUUUCGAAAUUUGGUGUUGAUCGAAAGAAAUCGAAAGUGACAAAUCAGAUGGUAGACGAUUGGUUAGAAAAGUUGACUGGACUAACACGCGAAAAGGAGCAACAAUCACAUUUCUCAAAAAUAUGUGAAUUAGUCUCGUCUCUGGAAUUGAAAUAUAUUAUCCGUUUAAUAAUGAAAGAUUUGCGUAUAAAUGCUGGCGCAAAACACAUAUUGGAAGGCUUAAGGAAAGGUGCGUUUGAAAUGUUCCAAAAUUCACAAAAUCUGCAAGCAGUCAUUGAAAAGUGUCAGCACACUGAUAAAGAAAAGUCACCGGAAAGUGGCAUAAUUUUGAAUACGCCAAUUAAGCCUAUGCUUGCCGAACCAUGUCAAAGUGUUAAACAAGCAAUGGAAAAGUGCAACAAAGAAAUGUAUGCUGAAAUCAAAUAUGAUGGAGAGCGAUUACAGUUGCAUAAAGAUGGUAGCAACUUUAUGUUUUUCUCACGAUCGCUGAAACCAGUAUUGGAUCAUAAGGUCGACGAUCUAAAUGAAGUAAUCUCGGAAGCAUUUCCAACAAAUAAUUUAAUUGUUGAUGCAGAAAUGCUAUUGGUUGAUACAAAUACUGGGAAGCCGUUACCUUUCGGAACAUUAGGUAUCCAUAAAAAGAAGAAGUUCAAGGACGCAACAGUUUGUUUGUUUGUUUUCGACUGUCUAUAUUACGACAGCAAAUCUUUAAUAGAAAAGUCAUUAAGGGAACGGCGAAAAUUUCUAGAGGAGAAUAUGAAAGAAAUUCCAAAUCGUGUAUUGUUGUCCAAUUGUCAUCUUCUUAAAAAAGGAGAAAAUGAUAAAUUAGAAAUGUUAAUCUGGAAAGCCAUUGAUGAAGGUCUAGAAGGUUUGGUAUUAAAAGAUUUGGAUGCAAUUUAUGAACCUGGAAAAAGACAUUGGCUAAAGGUGAAGAAAGAUUAUUUGAAGGAAGGUGAUAUGGCAGACACAGCUGAUCUCAUUGUGCUCGGUGCUUUUUACGGAACAGGAAAUAAAGGCGGCACCAUGUCAGUGUUUUUAAUGGGUGUAUAUGAUAAGGAAAAGCAAAAAUUUUGCACAGUAACCAAAUGUGGCAAUGGCCAUGAUGAUGCCACACUAGAUCGGAUCAAUAAAGAAUUAGAACCAAAAAUGCACAAGAUAUCUCGAAUAUACGAAGAUUUACCGGAAUGGAUUGAAUGUUCCCGAUCAAUUGUCCCAGAUUUCAUUGUUGUAGACCCUAAAGAAGCACCAAUAUGGGAAAUUACAGGAGCGGAAUUCACGCGAUCAGAUAAGCAUACGGCAUCAGGCAUAUCGAUACGUUUUCCGAGAGUAACAAGAAUUCGAGAUGAUAAAAAUUGGGAAACAGCUACUAGCUUGCAAGAACUUGAGAGGCUGUUGGAACUUUCAAAAACAAAAAUCAACAACGAGCUAAAAAUUGAUGAUACCAUACCUCUUUACGCAAAAAAUAAAAAUGGUGCAGAAAAUGAUGCGAAAUCUUCAAUGGAAAGAAAAAGGAAACACGAAGCGGUUAGCGAGAGUUCUAAAAAUGACGACGAAAUUGUUGUUGGCAGUGCGAAGAAAGGUGAUAGUAAUGGGGAAACGAAAACAAAGAAAGCAAAAAUACCGUGCAAAUAUGGUGCGCAGUGUUAUCGAAAGAAUGUAGAACAUCUAAAGCGAUUUCAACAUCCGAAAUGA